GCUCCAGCCGGCCAUAUUGGGCUGUGGAAAUAAGGCAGCUCUAAUGUUAUAUGUCACCUGGAAAUAGCCCCGGGCGUUCGAAAAAAGCAAACCACCACCACCAAAAUCCACACCACCACCAAGUCCUCUCCACACCCAAAAGUCCUUGACAAUGAGCCCGGAAGCUCGGCUCCCGCAGCCCACCUUGAGCCUCACUGGCCUCAGCUUGCUCCUCUCGCUGGUGCCCACGGGGCUGGGCAUGGAGGUCAUGGCUCCCACCAUCAUCAACGCCCUGAACGGCACCUCCGUGAAGCUCACCUGCACCUUCAACUCCUGCUACAAAGUGGAGAACAAGCAGUUCUCCCUGAACUGGACCUACCAGGCGUGCAAGAACUGCUCGGAGGAGCUGUUCCUGCAGUUCCGGAUGAAGAUCAUGAACAAGCAGCUGGACCGCUUUGGGAACCGGGUGGAGUUCACCGGGAACCCCACCAAGUACGACGUGUCCUUCACCCUCAACAACGUGCAGCUGGAGGACGAGGGCACCUACAACUGCUACGUCCUGAACCCCCCGGACCGGCAGCCGGGCCACGCCAGCACCUCCGUCGGCGGCUUCCUGGCCGUGGUGAUCCUGGUGCUGAUGGUGGUGAAAUGCGUGCGCCGGAAAAAGCAGCAGAGGCUGAACACCGACGACCAGAAGACAGAGGAGGAAGGGAAGACGGACGGCGAAGGCAACCCGGACGAGGGCACCAAGUAACCCCCCGGCCUGCCCUUGCCUCUCCACCCCUGUACAGCGUGUCCCUCUCAGUGUGCUUCCCAGAGCAAGGAUUUCCGUCUCCGCAGAGCAUCCCUCCCUCCAUCCAAGUAACCAACCCAGCCGGGA